GAAACUAUGAUGAAUGGUGAUGAAAGGGUUAGCAGGAAAGGAUCAAGCGAUCUUACAACCCCAAAACCACCGCGCCCGGUAAGGCAGCCAAGCAAACAGGGCAAGGAGAUACCAUCAGGCAGCAAUCCACAGCAGCACCAGGACGAUACAAUGGGCCAACUAAAACGCACAUUUGCAGGCAUUUUUGGUGAAGUGCAGUGA